AUGCAACCGCUUGCGCUCUUCGCGACAGGGGCCCUUGUCGUGGCGUUCCUGCCCUCCUCUGUGCACGGCCACGGGUACAUGUCCCAUCCUGCGUCGCAGUGGGUCGAGGGCUACCCGAACAAUGGCUACGGCAGCACGAUCGACAAUGAGAUUUGGGGCGUCUACGACAAUGCAAAGUAUGGCUACGGCCCGAACGGGACGCUCAAGUUCUUUACCGAGACGUUCCCCACCAAGGGCUACAAGUCGCUCGGGGCGUUCAUUAUGGAAAACCAGGAGCUCUACCUGCCAAAGGUUGAUCCUCAAUGCGGCUUGACGGUCUUUAAAGAAUCGGCGCGCUCUGAGCUGCCGGCCACGGAGCUCACGUACACGGGGUUCACCCACCCGGGACCGUGCGAAGUCUGGUGCGACGACACCAAAGUGCUCUACGACAGCGACUGCCAGACGACGUACCCGGGCCAGCCAACGACAAUGCCCUACGACAAGGCCAAGUGCGCCAAGGCCAACCGGAUGACCAUCUACUGGAUCGGCGUGCACGGCGACCCGUGGCAGGUCUACACCCACUGCAUGUGGCUCAAAGGCGGUAAGGGCAUUGGGUCGCCGCCGGCUGCAGUGACUGGCGGGAAGGGCAAAGCCAAAGCAGCUUCGGCGUCCAAUGCAACGACCGCUGACGCAAGUGCGCCGACACCUGCGAGUCCGUCGAGCACGGCCGGCAGCGCAGAUACUGCCGACUCGGAAGAGCAAACGGCCAGCACCGCUGCUUCGGACAAGGAGGACGAGGACGCGGUUGACGACGCUCCAACCGCAACGCCUUCUGCCGCAACAGAGCAGGAAGACACGCCUGCCGUUGAACCUCCUGCCGUCGAAACUCCGGUUGACGAAGCUGCUUCGGACGAGGACGCGAGUCCAACCGUCGAGACUCCUGAUGUCGAGACUCCUGAUGUCGAGACUCCUGAUGUCGAGACUCCUGCUGUCGAGACUCCUGUUGUCGAGACUCCUACGGUCGAGACUCCUGUUGUUGAGGCUCCAAGCACGUCCGAAGUGAGCACAGGCGCAAGAUGCGUCCGUCGUCGGAGUUAG